GAGAGGAAGCUCCUGUGGACACAGACAGAUGGGCCCACCCUAUCUCUGAGGCAGCUCCGGGAGUGGCCUACUUUUCAGGAGUGUGACCUGCACGCGGAUUCAGCACCCUGCCUCAGUGUUAGGCGCUCUAAGACAGAUGUGUGGCAGCAGGAAGCUGACACCCGUGGCUGACGUGUCCACCCCGGGGAGAGGGCGUAGGGCUGCCAGGACCUCUCUGUGCACACUGACUCUGCUGAGAGUGGGAGUGACCCCACCCCACCCCCCGUUUCUGUGGGCGGGGAGGUGGCUGCGUCCCUUGCACUCUGCUGAGCCCUGGGUGGCUGCAGGUCCCUGCAGGAGCCUCCAUGCGUGGGGGUGGGGCAGGGCAGUUAUUUUCAGAUGGUGCCAGAGGAUAGAGUUUCAGAUUUGUUUACGCCUGUAGGAAGAACUUUGGAGCUAGGGGUGGGGUGCCCAGCUCAGCACUGACAUUCAGGACACCUGGCCAAGAGGCGCCUCAGAUUUCCCUGUCCUGCUGUGGGGGGUUCACUCUGCAGCCCCAGACAAGGAGGGGACGGUAGCCUUUUCCAGGAAAUCCGGGGGGGUGCAGCCACACAGUGGUCCUCUGGGUGGUCCUCUGCAGGCCGAGUGUGCCAGCCCACACACAGAAGGGGGCAGUUCACACGGAGGGCUGGCCUGAGGAUUGUCUGGGCCACACCAAGCAAAGCCAGCGCUAUUAAUAUCUGGCACGCACUAGCCCUCAGCUGUGUGAUCCUCUUAGACCCGUGGCCUUGGACGGCAGUGAGCACAGUUCUGUCAGUACGGUGGGGGCUCCAGGGCCUCCUAGCUGCUGUGCCUCUGCUGACAUUUGGCAGCUUCUGCCAGCGAAGCGUCUUAGCCCUCUGGCUCUCCAACCACUGUGCUGCCCAUAGGACUAGUCCUGCCCAUGGAAGGGCAGUUUGGGUGGCCAGAGCUCCUGAGUUGCCCUAGGGGACCGCUGUGGGUCUGAGGUGCUGAUGUCCCCUGUGACUGCCUGCACCUGAGCCCCACGUACCCCCGGGGCCGCUCGCAGUCCAGGAGUACCCACCCGUGUUCUCCGUCAUGAACAGCCCCCCAGCUUACCCUGGCAUCAGGAUUUCAGGGUGCCGGGCCCUUGGAGCAGAAGGCAGCAGCAAUGCAGAGUCCUUGGACAGGCUCCUGCCACCUGUGGGCACUGGGCGCUCUCCCCGGAAGCGCACCACCAGCCAGUGCAAGUCGGAGCCUCCCCUGCUGCGCACCAGCAAACGCACCAUCUACACGGCGGGGCGGCCACCCUGGUACAAUGAGCACGGCACGCAAUCCAAAGAGGCCUUCGCUAUCGGCCUGGGAGGCGGCAGUGCCUCUGGGAAGACCACUGUGGCCAGAAUGAUCAUCGAGGCCCUGGACGUGCCCUGGGUGGUCUUGCUGUCCAUGGACUCCUUCUACAAGGUGCUGACUGAGCAGCAGCAGGAACAGGCCGCACACAACAACUUCAACUUUGACCACCCGGACGCCUUUGACUUCGACCUCAUCAUUUCCACCCUCAAGAAGCUGAAGCAGGGGAAGAGCGUCAAGGUGCCCAUCUAUGACUUCACCACACACAGCCGGAAGAAGGACUGGAAAACGCUGUAUGGUGCAAACGUCAUCAUCUUUGAGGGCAUCAUGGCCUUUGCUGACAAGACGCUGCUGGAGCUCCUGGACAUGAAGAUCUUUGUGGACACAGACUCUGACAUCCGCCUGGUGCGGCGGCUGCGCCGAGACAUCAGUGAGCGCGGCCGGGACAUCGAGGGUGUCAUCAAGCAGUACAACAAGUUUGUCAAGCCGGCCUUCGACCAGUACAUCCAGCCCACCAUGCGCCUGGCAGACAUUGUGGUGCCCAGAGGGAGUGGCAACACGGUGGCUAUCGAUCUGAUCGUGCAGCAUGUGCACAGCCAGCUGGAGGAGAGGAAGCUACGUUGGGAUAUGGCUGCACUGGCCUCAGCACACCAGUGCCACCCCCUGCCCCGGACGCUGAGCGUCCUGAAGAGCACGCCGCAGGUCCGGGGCAUGCACACCAUCAUCAGGGACAAGGAGACCAGUCGCGACGAGUUCAUCUUCUACUCCAAAAGGCUGAUGCGGCUGCUCAUCGAGCACGCGCUCUCCUUCCUGCCCUUUCAGGACUGCGUCGUGCAGACCCCACAGGGGCAGGACUACGCGGGCAAGUGCUACGCGGGGAAGCAGAUCACCGGCGUGUCCAUUCUGCGCGCUGGUGAGACCAUGGAGCCCGCGCUGCGCGCCGUGUGCAAAGACGUGCGCAUCGGCACCAUCCUCAUCCAGACCAACCAGCUCACUGGGGAGCCUGAGCUCCACUACCUAAGGCUGCCCAAGGACAUCAGCGAUGACCACGUGAUCCUCAUGGACUGCACCGUGUCCACUGGUGCCGCGGCCAUGAUGGCAGUGCGCGUGCUCCUGGACCACGACGUGCCUGAGGACAAGAUCUUUCUGCUGUCACUGCUUAUGGCAGAGAUGGGCGUGCACUCAGUGGCCUAUGCAUUUCCACGAGUGAGAAUCAUCACCACGGCGGUGGACAAGCGAGUUAAUGACCUUUUUCGCAUCAUCCCAGGCAUUGGGAACUUUGGCGACCGCUACUUUGGGACAGACGCGGUACCCGACGGCAGUGACGAGGAGGAACCCUACACGGGUUAGCCGCUCAGUGAGCCGCCCCGUCGCCACUACCCUCCUCCUGCCUCCAGACCCAGGAUUGCUGAAU